AGAAGCUCGCUUGACCAACGACGAAUAACAGAGAGCCAAGCAACAGGUGCAUUCACGCCUGCGAGGUCAUUUAAACAUUUGUGUUAUAUUAUGUGAACAUGUCGCCUUGGCAUAAGAAAAAUCAGGAGGUGAAGUACAUAUACGAUCUGCCAUAUACGGAGAGGAAGCUGCUGUGCAAUAUUCUGGACGUGAAUAAUGUUUGGGAGAAAUUAGGGGGCAAGUACAUGGGCUUCUCGUGGAGUGAUUUGGAUGAAUUCCGAAGAGCUGAGCGAUGCGGAGAGUCCCCGACAAACAGGAUGUUGCAGGCAUGGGGCCAGCAGAACCAUACUGUUGCAGACCUUUUCAGCUGCUUGUUGCAGAUGGAGCAUUUCCAGGCCAUGGGUGUUCUGAAGCCAUGCAUUCCAGCCAAGUACCAUGUUCUCUUUGAUGAUGCCGAGACUCGGCUGACUGCCAUGUUCGUGGAAGAUAGAUCUGCCAUUAAUGUGGUAACACGGCGCUCCGAAGCCAUAGAAAACAGCCGGCACUCCCCUAAUGGAUUUAUGCAUGCUCCUGCUCCUGUUUCCUCUACCCCCUCCUCAGCAGUAGCGCAUGGGUAUGGCAUGCGCAAGCAAGCAGUGGUAAAUCCUGCCCCUCAAAUGCUACAAAUGCAGCAAGUGCGGCAAGAAUCAGGUAUGUCUGCCCUUGGUGCUUGUGCUCUGAGUGGCUCCUUGUCACACAAAUACAACCCAGAAAACCUUGACCAUGGGAAUUCGCGAAUCAACCACCAGCCAGCAUCACCUAAAGUUCCGGAGACAUUACUCAACCCCAAGCCAAGUGCCCCUACUCUAGGCAGCAUGCGUCCUGUGGUACCCAUGCACCAGCAGCCUGUGUUGCACAUGGAGAAGAAAAUCAACAAUGAUGAAGCCCUUGGCAUAUGGGGAGAAGUAUCCUGUGAUGACAAUAACAAGUCUUUGCCCAAGUACGACUUUGAUCAGGAAUAUGCUGACAGAGUUGCAAGGAAACUGGGGAUAGAUGGAAGGGAUCAGUUGAGAACGGACAGUAAUAAUGGCAUCGUGCCGCAUCACCCCAGAAGGAAAGAAGAGUCCUUGGGCCUCGCAUCGUCUCCUGGGCAAGCCAGUUCAUUACCCCAAGCCCAGGCUGCAGAGUUGAAUGGGAACGAACGGCUGCGGAGAAUUUCCUGUAAUUCAGAUACUGCAAAUGAGUGUAAUGUACCUGUAAUCCCCUACAAGGAGCUAGAAGAAGCCACAGCAGUAUGGAACACAGAUAACCUCCUGGGACGUGGUGGCUUUGGAACCGUCUUCAGGGGCACUUGGAAGAACACCCAGGUGGCUAUUAAAAGGAUUGACCCGCAAGGGAAUGCUGCACUAGAUAGCAAGCAACUACAUGUUACACAGAGUUUUGAUGAACUAAAACGUCUACAGUCCUAUCGCCAUGAUAACAUCUUACAGGUUUAUGGCUACUCAGCAGAUCCAGAUCAGCCUCUGUGCUUGGUGUAUCAGUAUAUGCCUAAUGGUUCCGUAGAAGAUAGACUGCAGUUUAGGAGGAUUGGAGGAAGUCCCACAAAAGCUCUCACGUGGUGGCAGCGAUACAGAAUAGCCUGGUGCACGGCCAGAGGGCUCCAGUAUCUCCACACCGUUAAAGACAAACCAUUGAUCCAUGGAGAUGUUAAGAGUGCGAACAUCUUAUUAGACCAGAACUACGAAGCAAAAUUAGGAGACUUUGGACUUGCAAGGGAAGGGAAGAGCCAAGUCACAAGUAUGAAGGUGUCACGAGUUCAUGGAACCAAACCAUACCUGCCAGCUGAUUACCUAAGGUCAAAGAAACUGUCAGUUAAAGUGGACACGUACAGUUACGGCAUUGUGCUCUUCGAAUUGUGCACAGGUUUGAGGGCCUACGACGAGAAGAGAGAGAGAGGAAAGUUUCUGAAAGAGCUCGUGGAUGAUACAGCAAAUGAAGAAACUCUCCGAGACAGAAAUGCAGGACCUGAGUUAGAUGGAGAAGUUUUUAAGAUGCUCUUCAAGCUUGGAAGGGACUGUGUAAAGUUAAUUUCAACUAAACGGCCAGACAUGACAACGGUCUUCAAGGAAUUGGAAAGCUUUGGUCAAGUGCUCGACAGGAAUGCUCAAGCAAGAAAAAUAUCCUUAGGUGAAACAAGCUCAGGAGCCACAACACCAUAUAUGCUGCAGAUCUUCCACGACACGGCCGGGUCGAUGCAGUCCCCGUCUGUGUCACCAUCAACACAGCCUUCCCUUGCAGCCUCAACUAUACCAACUUACCCGUCUCCCUCUUCCCCUUCCUUCUUGCCGCCGCACUCGCCGGUUCCCUCUGUUGUGCCAGGGAGCUCAGUCAUGCCUCACUAUCCACAACAUCCCGUGGUAUUUCCUAAUGGUCCAAUGCUAGUCAAUGGAGGAGUCCCUUACCGAAAUCAGUAUCCCCACGCAGGAUCACCAGCCUGGAAGCCAGUAGUUGCAGGUAACUUGUAUAUGCCUCAGCACGGUAUGCCCGUCCACAUGCCCCAUAUAAACGUGAGUCCGCCUAAAAACGACAGCGCAGGGCAGGAUCCACCGAGUUACAGUGAAACCAUAAUGAAGAAUCCUGGUGGUGCUAUGGGAGGGGCAUGUCCCGUGUCUCCACUGUUGCCCCAGGUUUUGGCCCUCGAUAUAAAUGCCAAGUCCUCGGGCAAUACAACCACCAGUUCUGUGUCCUCAGAAAGUGACUAUGGCAGUUCUGAAUCAAGCAUGAUAGCCACCACCACACACAAUUUGGGUUAUGCAAAUGGCUAUUACAAUGCUGGAGGUGCAGCAGGAGUGCCAGUUAUCCCAACAGUAGUCCACCCGGCAGCCCUUGCCUAUAAUGACAACAACGCGGGAGUUGCAAUAACUCCCUUAAUCACCGAACUGGGUAUGAAGUCAGCUGAACAACCUUCUAUGUCAGAGUCCUCAAAAUUGCCGUCUGCUGUUGGGAAGAAAUCAUUCUUAUAGUUUGCAGGAAACUCAUGUUUUACUGUUCAAAUUCAGCACUUAUACAGUGCUCAUAUCUAGUUUAGUUAAUUUUUUUGACAGAUUUUAAAUAUUAUUUAUAUAAGAAAUUCUUGAAGUUUCAGAGACAAUAGCAAUUCAAGACAGAAGUUUAAAUAAAAAAUAGUUUUAUUUAUCUAAGUAGAAAAAAAUUAUAUUUUAAAUAAUUGAUUUCAGAUAGAUAAUCUGUAAAGCUUAGGGUUUAUAUGGAAGGUAAAAAUGUUUCCUCUAGAAAGAUAGAUAUAUGUACAAUAACUGAUUUUCAGUUAUGGCACUCUUUCCUUCCUAUAGUUUAAUACAUACUUUAGCUAUUUUGAUAAAAAGGAAGAUAUUGAAGCAUGUUACAUUUAUAAGUGCAUUACUCUUUUAAUAAAGCCGACUUGAAUAUUAGGAUAUUAGGUAAUCAGGUAAACAUAUACUGAUACCUAUUACUUUCAUGUACUUUUUUUUUUUUAUGCAUAAUUAGCAUUAAGACACAUUAGAAUCUGUCGACCAAACUGCUAAAGCUACCAUAGCCUGCUUGACUACCUAGUUCACCUCAUGAGAAGUCUGAAUCCUGGAAGGGCAGAUGUACAUUCUCUUGUCUUUGCUUAUCAACAAUAGCUUAGCUUUCUUUGUCAUGAACUUAUUCAUUUGCUUUGUUAUAAGACCUAGAUUCAGUCCUGGAGUAAGCUGAAUAAUGUCCUGUCUUUGUGUAUAUAUAUAUAUAUUUUUUUUAAUUGUUCUAGGUACACAGUAAGGUCAGUCUUAGGUUCAUUAGAAGUAAUUGCUUUUGGAAGGUAUGGAGACUUUUUAUCUUUAUAGAUUUUGAGAAAUGUGGCGAGUAAUCUUGUUACUGAAUUAUGUAGAGUAAUUUCUUCAUAUAGGUAUGUAUAGCUGCAUAUAGGUUAUUUACAUUUGUAAUGUAUAGAAAUUAAUAAGUGUAUUAUAUCCCCUUCAUAUAUAAUUUGUUAUACUUUUAUAUAAAUUUAUUUUGUGCAGGUUACAAAAUGCUUUUCUUGUGAUAAAUUGUUAAAUCAGUCUGCUAGGUUUUGAGAUAAAGGACUUCCUCAUCUUUUCUCAUGUUUGAUAAAUGAGCAAUAUUCUAAUGUGAAAAGGUGCUUCCUUGAUUUUUGGUUUGAUUAUUUGUACAGCAGUGGUCACAUGAAAUGGUUUGUUGUGGAAUUUUUGUUGUUUUAUAACUGAGAUAAGAUUUGUACUGAAUAGGAUUUCACUCCUCUGUGAAUCCAUUGAUAAAAUAGCGAGAGUAAAUGUGGAACAAUUAGUGGAAAAUAAGACGGCAAGAAAGGGCAUGGUGAUAGUGUGUUGCAAGAGGGGUUUUGGGUAGUACAAAUGAUAUUAAUUUAGGACCUUUGACCUUAUUACAAGUUUCUUUUAAGUGAGGGAAAAAAAACCCAAAAAACUUGUCUCCUUUGGUGGCCUUCUCUUUCUGCAUUUUACACUAUGCUUGUAUAGUGCAGUGCAAAGCAAUAGUGCAUCACAGUAUCUGUUUCUUUGGCAUUUAUUUUCACCUAAAAAGGAAGGGAAUGAUUUAUGAAUAAAUUAUAAUAAAUUCUGUUAUAGUUCCUCCAGUUCUACUAAGCAACCAUUUUCAUCAGAGAAUGAAGAUUGUUGCAGCAACUGAUUUAUGUUUUUCUAAUGAAGGAUGACUGAUGUAAAAUUAUGAUUCUGCAAGCAUGUUAGAGUUGCUAUUUGGGAAAUGAGUUGUCAGAAGCACUUGUGUUGUGGUACUGAAGCACUGUCUGCCAUCCCCUAAGCUCGCCAGCCAUUUUUGGUUAGUCUGUUGGCUUCAUUUGAGUAAAGAUGUAAAAUUAAUGUUCAAUCUCUGAUCUCAAAUGGUUUGUUACGGCCUUAUGCAACAUCAACUUAGACAAUAUAUUCUGUUUGGUAGAUACUUAGUUUGGAACCAAGUUAUAAACAGAAUUCUGUUUGGUAGUUGAGUGUGUCAGUGAAUGGUCACACAAGUAAUGGUGCAGGUUAGUGUUUAACUAUAUUCCAGGUGGCAUGUGAAUAUUGCAUGGUACGCCUGUCCCGUUUUCCGUGGGCACGUACGGUCAUGCCGCACAUGCUGUGGUGCCUACAUGAUCCCCUGGCAGCAGGGCCCGGCCCACUAUGAAUACAGCUCGGAAGAGAGGGCUUUCACAUCGGGAAACAACUUUACGGCAUUGGGUUAAUCUGUCAAGUGCUUUUGUUGGUUAUGCCUCUGAUUUUCAUUUCCCAUUCUCAACCAUAUUUUUUUUUUUUAUUUAUUUAUUUAUUUUUAUUUUUAUUUUUUAUGAAUGUAGAUAUAAUUGCCUUUAAAAUGCUCAUUAGAUUUAUUGUAAGGUAUUAGUCUGAAAGGUCUGUAAGACCAUAUUGAUUUCACAUCAGCUGUAAGUACAGUAAUAUUUAUACUUAUGGUGUCUGUAGACUUUUGAGGAAAAUAUAUCUGGAUCUCUAUCUAUUGUACAUCCUUCUGACAUCAUCAAUUGGUUGCACAUUAUUGUUUUAGACAUUUUUCAUUCUAGUGGGUAAAUGUACAAACCAGACAUUUGUGAACAAGCCUUGAUAUUAUACUUGCAGAUGCUGUUAUAUUACAGAAUGGUAUACACUUCUUUUAUAGUUGGUUCAGAAUUUAUAUACUGGACGGGCCAAUAUGCUUACCUGCCUGAGUUCUAAUAGUUCAAAAAAAGGUAUCUGAGAAAAAUGUAGAUGUAUGAGAAGUGGGUAAUUUAAGAAAAUUCAUAAAACAUUAUUUAGAAGUUGACAACCAGUAAGGGUUUAUACUUAUUAGCUUAGCAUGUGUAGGAUAAUAAGAAGUUUAUUAUGAGAGAUUAUGUAUACACCCUUAAAUUAUUCUAAGAAUGGUGUAGGAGUAGAGUUCUGAUUGGAAAUCUGUUCCUUUUCUGGAGAGUUUAUUGGAAUUUAAGGUAUUUUAUAAACCAAAAUAUAACUUUUAGGUAUUUGUGUUUUGUUAUGAGACGAAAGUAUUCAAACAAUUUCUGUGAUACAGGCAUGAAAGUCAAGUACAUCAUAUUCUUUUUUAAAAAUUGUCAGAUAGCUGAAGAAUUCACCAGUAUGUUUUGCUUUCUGCACAAUUCUUCAACGUUGGGUCUCGCAAAACUGAAACUAUUGCUCAUUUGUUUUCUUUUGUAAUAUUUGAGAAAAAAUAUUUUUUAAGUGCCAAAUAAUAAACCUAUAUUGUUACUGUGUUUACAUAAUUUGAUUAAAAUAAAAUGACUAUAUGAA